AUGUCAGGAAAAAUUUCUGGAUUAAUUGCACGUAUUCGAAAUAUUUUACCAUCAGUUACUUGGCAUCAUUGCUGUAUUCAUCGUGAAGCUAUUAUCUCUAAGAAAAUACCAACACAAUUAAAAGAAGUUUUAGAUGAAGCUGACAUGGAUAGUGAACAUUAUCAACUUCUAUUACAUUCUGAAAUUCGUUGGUUAUCUCGGGGUAAAGUGCUCUCUCGUUUGUUUAAGUUAAGACAUGAGGUUAGAUUAUUUUUCAUCGAACAUAAAUCAUCAAUUACGUUAAGUGAACGUUUAAAUGAUUUUUCUUGGUUGGCUAGUUUAGCGUACCUUUCAGAUAUAUUUGCUCAUUUAAAUGUACUUAACUUGAGUCUUCAAGGGUCCCAUGUUACAAUUUUUAAAGUUGAAGAUAAAAUUGAAGCGAUGAUAAAAAAGUUGGAACUAUGGAAUCUUCGUCUAUCAAAGAAAAAUUACGAUUCAUUUCAAAACUUCAAUAAUUUCCUUGAAUUGACCAAAGAAGAAUUAUCCGGAGAAGUUUCCAAAUACAUUAAACAACAUAUUGAAGAUCUGCAACGAAGCUUCCGCGAUUAUUUCCUACUGACAUCACCGGAAGAAGAUAAUCUUAUAGAAAUUUCUACAAAUGGUAGUUUAAAAUUACAAUUUAAUCAAAAGUCGUUAGAAAAUUUUUGGUUGCACGUACAAAAAGAUUAUCCAGUAUUAUCAAGUAAAGCUCUGAAAGUUUUAAUUCCGUUCCCCACAACUUAUUUAUGUGAAAAGGCCUUUUCCGCUCUUGUAUAUGUCAAAAACAAGUUUCGCAAUCGUUUGGAAAACGUAGAGUCCGAACUUCGAUUAAAACUUUCAAAUAUUGAGCCUAAUAUAGAAAAAUUAAUGUCAGAAAUGCAAUAUCAUCCUUCACAUUAA